GGGGCGUGGUCUCAUGCCCAGCCCGCGGCUCAGAUCCAUCGCCGCACCGAGGCGCCUGCACAAAAGUGACGGCUAGCCGGAUCCUGAGGAGCAAGCAGGGCCCAUGGACACCUUCAGCACGAAGAGCCUGGCCCUGCAGGCCCAGAAGAAAGUCCUCAGUAAGAUGGCCUCCAAGGCCAUGGUGGCCGUAUUUGUGGACGACACCAGCAGCGAGAUCCUGGAUGAACUGUACCAAGCCACCAAGGAGUUCACCCGCAGCCGGAAGGAGGCGCAGAGGGUGGUGAAGAACCUGGUGAAGGUGGCGGUGAAGCUGUCGGUGCUGCUGCGGGCCGGUCAGCUGGAUAGCGAUGAGCUGGCCCAGUUGCGACGGUUCCAGGGCCGGAUGCGCAGUCUGGCCAUGACAGCCCUCAGCUUCCACCAGGUGGACUUCACCUUCGACCGGCGAGUGCUGGCCGCGGGGCUGCUGGAGUGCAGGGAUCUGCUGCAUCAGGCCACAGGCACGCACCUCACUGCCAAGUCCCAUGGCCGCAUCAACCACGUCUUCGGCCACUUUGCCAACGGCGACUUCCUGGCCGCGCUGUACAGCCCAGCAGAACCCUACCGGAGACACCUGCACCGCAUCUGCGACGGCCUCGGGAGGAUGCUGGACGAGGGCGGCAUCUGACCUGGUCUGGGGACUGUCCCUGAGAACACCACCACUCGUCCCAACUUCCGCUCCUCUUACUAAUUCCCAGACGCUGUCACGUAGCCCAGGCUGUCUUUGCAGCGAGGCUGACCUUGAACUAGCGAUGCUGCUCCUGCAGUUGCCUCCUGAGUGCCGGGGUGAUGGGUAUGCUCCACCACCUCGCUGUUGGGCCUUGUCUUUUUUUCAGACAAGAUCGAGGAGAACUGGGAGAAAAAGAGUUGUACUCCCUGACCUCUGGCCCCUGCCAAAUGCCUAUUUCCUUUCCUAACUCUCAGGGCCUCCCAAGGUGACUUGCUUCAGGAAAUGGAGUUCAAGCCCUGACACCGGACUAGGACUGAAGCGGUCCCAGCCUGCCCUGUGGUGUUGGGAUCCGAUUCGGAGACCCCCCCAUCUGGGACUGCAUCUGAGAAAAGGAAGAAACUGCCUGGCGGGGAGGUGGCUCGGUGUGUGGGGCGCUCGCUGCCAAGCCUGAUGAUGGAGUUUGAUUCCCAAAACCCGCACUGUGGAAGCACAGAACCAGUUUUGGCAAGUUGGCCUUUGACCUCCACGCGGCCCGCCCACGUGACCACGCAGCAAGGAGCCAGUGAUCUGCUGGAGUCUUCACUGGGAGGGAGGAGCCUGGGGAAUCUCAGAGGCUGUCCCCAGCUUUAACAGGGCAGAGAUACUGGAGACACGUGUCUGUGUUAAAUUAUAACACUCUAUUUGGGAAUCAAACCCAUCUUUUCUCUUUGUAUUGCAGCCAGGGCUUGUAACCAACACUGACUGCGCAUGCGGGAGCAUGACGUCAUACUUGGCUUAUCCUUAUGGUCACUAUGAGACAGAACUUUCAUCCUUGGAAAGGUGGGCAGGCUUUAGCUAUCUUUGUGCACAACUGAGUUGUGCAUUAGUUCUCUAGAAUUUCCCAGUGAAGGACUGGGGGCGUGGUCAGAGGUAGAGCCCCGCCUAGAAUUGCCUAGUGGGGGGCGUGGCCAGCUGUAGCACGCACAUGUUGGGGAAGAUCCCUGUGACCAGUUAAGACCCUGCAUCUGCAGAUGGUGGAUAGCGCAGCGGUUGUGCAAUGCUGCAGGUGGGAAGGUUAUCCGGGGUGUCGGGGAGGACUGCGUGUAUUUAGGGCAAAGUUUAUAAUCCGUAGCCUGUGGGGCCUGGUGGGAGCCAGAGGCUUCAUUAGUGUUUCAGACAAAGGCCAGCACUUACAAAGAAGAUUCCACCAACAGCUACAGACUGUUUUAUGUGUUUUAAAGCAGUACCUUACCCUGUAGCCCAGGUUGGCCUGGAAUUCAUAUUCUCCUGCCUCAGCGUCCCGAGGGCUGGCUAGAGUCCCAGCCUGAGCUCCACACUGUCCUGUUGCAGUCACUUCUGUCAGCUGCUUGAAGCCAUUCUUGCCAUUCCAGCUCCACAGGGGAAUUUGUCUCCCUUCAGACCCUUGGCUGGAUCUUGAAACCGGGACCCCAGCAUACAUGCUGCUGUCCCCAGAUGAAACCUUCAUGCUGACCAAAUGGGAGACUAGUCUUCGUUUUGUGGGGCUGUGUUCAUAAGGGUGAGAUGAAAAGGAAAGCCAGAGAGCACGAGGGACUUUAUUUUGCGUUUCACCAGGGGCUCUGCCAUCAAGCCAGCCUCAUUUCCCUUUUAGGGCUAGAUUCUCAGGGUGACCUGGAUCUCACAAUCCUCUUGCCUCAGCACCCUGAAUGCUUGGGAACACAGGCCUAUGCUUCCAGGCCUGGGAUAGAAAAAUGUUUACAGCUGUUGUGGGGCUGGUUACAUGGAUCAGUGGGUAGAGGAGCUUGCCACCAAGCCUGAUGUCCAGAGAGUGUCUAUGCCUGGAGCCACCAAGAGGAAAGAGAGCCAGGUCCCACAAAUGUCCUGUGACCUGCGCCUGUGCUCCAUGGCUCUCGGACACCCACAGAGACUAAUAAAUCCAGACAAAAACUCAA